CCUUUUUUUGGUCAGACUUGGUUUGUGACUUGUGACUCAGUUGCGUACGAAGAAACAGCAGCAGCUUUGGAUCAACUCCAUCAUCCGCCCCGGUGUCCACUUUCGGUUCACCGGAACAGCGUCCCCAGCACGCCCGGCGCAUUCCAGCACACCACACCUCAUCACUCCUACCCGGAGCGCUUCUUAAUUUUUUUCGCUAUUUCCAAUACAACUUCUCCGUCUCACCUCAUCUUCUCGAUUUGAACACACCUCCCCCAGAGUCGCCAUGCUUGCCACGCAGAGAAGUAUAUCGGGGUCGUCACAGAGCCCUAGAUCGCCGUCGUCGCAGCCGUUCCUGUCAGUUUCCGUCACUGAUCCAGUCAAAUUGGGCAAUGGCGUCCAGGCCUACAUCUCCUACCGUGUUAUCACCAAGACAAAUUUCCCAGAGUACCAAGGGCCUGAGAAGAUUGUCAUCCGACGUUAUAGUGAUUUUGUUUGGCUGCGAGAUCGUCUUUUUGAAAAGUACAAAGGAAUUUUUAUUCCUCCUAUCCCAGAAAAGAGUGCUGUAGAAAAAUUUCGUUUCAGUGCUGAGUUCAUAGAGAUGAGACGCCAAGCAUUGGAUGUAUUUGUCAAUCGUAUAGCUUCGCAUCAUGAGCUUCAACAAAGUGAAGAUCUUAAAACAUUCCUACAGGCAGAUGAAGAGACAAUGGAGAGGUUAAGGUUUCAUGAGACUGGUAUCUUCAAGAAGAAGCCAUCAGAUUUGAUGCAAAUAUUCAAGGAUGUACAAUCCAAAGUUAGUGAUGUUGUCCUCGGGAAGGAAAAGCCAGUUGAGGAGUCAAAUCCUGAAUAUGAGAAAUUGAAACACUACAUCUUUGAGCUUGAAAACCAUUUGACUGAAGCCCAGAAGCAUGCGUACCGUCUUGUAAAGAGGCACCGAGAGCUGGGACAAUCUCUAUCAGAUUUCGGGAAAGCAGCCAAACUUCUUGGAGCUUCUGAAGGUAAUGCGCUUGGGAAGGCAUUUUCCGAGCUCGGGGCAAAGUCAGAAGCAUUAUCAUUUAAGCUGCAAAAAGAGGCCCACCAGCUGUUAAUGAAUUUUGAAGAGCCCUUGAAAGAUUAUGUUCGGGCUGUUCAAUCUAUAAAGGCCACUAUAGCUGAGAGAGCAAAUGCCUUCAGGCAACAAUGUGAACUUGCUGAGACAAUGAAGUUGAAGGAGAUAAAUCUUGACAAACUCAUGCUAACCAGAUCAGACAAGGUGGCAGAAGCUGAGCAUGAGUACAAGGAGUUGAAGGCUGAUAGCGAGGAAGCGACCAGAAGAUUUGAAACAAUUGUGCGACUGAUGAAUGAAGAGAUUGUCCGCUUUCAGGAACAAAAGACAAUAGAUAUGGGAGUUGCUUUCCACGAAUUUGCCAAAGGGCAGGCACGCUUGGCAAAUAGUAUUGCAGAUGCUUGGAGAAGUCUCCUGCCUAAACUUGAAUCUUGUUCACCUGCUCAGUGAAUGAACUUAAUGAUCAGAGCAGUAUACUUCACUUGGUUUAUAGAGAUGGCAGGGCAGCUCUUUGUUUGUAAAAACUGUCGACCUUCAGGAGUUUGUUCUGCUGUUCUGGUGUUGUAUGAGUUGUGGUUGUUAAUUGAUACGUACUAUAUUUUUCUUCUUAACUUGUUACUUGUACAAAUUCAGAGCUAACCGAAAAAAGCUUUAAUUUCAUGU